AUGCUUGAUCCUUCGGAUUCUCCCGCAACGAGUCAGCCGACAUCGAAUCUUCUGUUUGAAAAUGUGAAUAAAAUUUUAACGACCUUCGUACCUGCAAACCAUCAUCACGACAGUAAUCAAAUACAUAAAGCUAUUGGAGUGAAAUCACAUGGAACGAUUACUUUUGCUGAUAACAAAUCAAAUCGAGCGGAAUUUAUUCGUGUUCCACCGGAUGCUUCUGUCAUGCAUGUUAAAGAAUUGCUCAUUAAACAGUGGUGUGGGAAGAGACCAUCAUUGGUCAUAUCGAUAACGGGCGGUGCAAAAGAUUAUCAUAUGAAACCGAAACUACUGAGAGCAUUUCGACGUGGUCUUUCGAAAGUAGCUCGAACAACAGGUGCUUGGAUUAUAACCGGAGGAAUGAAUACGGGAAUCAUGAAGCUUGUCGGCGAAAUUGUUCAGAUCAAUCCGGAUCGGUUUCGUCCGAUCCAUUUGAUUGGCAUUGCUACAUGGGGUUGUGUAUCAGGUUUUCAACAAUUAGAUGUGCAUGGAGCAAAUGUUCAUUAUAGCAAAUCGCGUGGCGAACAGAAAGGCGAAGCGCCACUCGAACCUAACCAUACUGAAUUUAUCUUCGUUGAUGAUGGAAGCGAACGAAAAUAUGGGCGUGAAAUUACUUUUCGUGCUCGACUUGAGCAAGCGAUAUCAGGUGGCUUUUUUGCAACACGGCCUGCAUCUAGCCCGAGCAAUCCAUACGCAAGUUUAACAAAAACAACAUCUUUACGUCCAGAACACUCUGAUCCAGUACCCGUUGUUCUUCUCGUUGUCGAAGGCGGUCCAAAUACUGUUCGGACAGUCCAUGAAGCCGUUGUUCAAAAUAAUAUUCCAGCGGUAUUUUUCGAAGGAACUGGUCGUUGUUGUGAUUUAUUUGCCAAAGCACUUCAUCUGUACAAUGAAUAUCAUCAACAACUAGAGCUCUAUGAAGAUACUUCUAAUGCAGAUCCAGGCACUAUACUGCGACGAUACGAUGAAAUCAAAAAUAAACUUCGUGAAGACCUCCGAGACGAAAUUCGUGGAAUCAAUGGUGGAAUUGAUCCAUCCAUUGCUGGUAAUGCACGAUCAGCACGGCGAGGCACUGUGACGACCGGUGAUCCGGUACCGCCGAGAGUGGACAACACGGAUUAUUUCGAGCUAGUUUAUGAAUGUAUUGAUACGCGAAAGAUAUUUUUGAAUAUCGUUAGUCUUACCGCCCGUAAUUCCGUUGAACCUGAUAUUGAUCUUGCCAUAUUACAAGCUUUGUUAAACGCAACAUCCGGCUCGGAUUUGAGCAAGACGAGCAAUCAGCGAAAACGUGAACAAUUUCAUUUAGCUUUGGAGUGGAAUCGUGCUGAUAUAGCAAGACAUUACAUUAUGAAAAACACCCGAGAUUGGGAUAAAAUUAAUCUAAAUGAUAUGUUCGAAGAAGCACUCCAACGAAACCAAAUUGAAUUCGUCAAGUUAUUUCUUGAUCACGAUUUCUCCUUAACUGAUGUAUUUCGCAAUAACGACAAAUUACCAUUACUCUAUGAACAUACGUUAGACGAACCUUAUGAUUUCGCUUCGAUUUCUGGCGAUCGUUUACGAGCAGUCUAUCGAGAUAUAAUUCAACCGUUGAUAGGUGACUCUUUCGAAGUUGAAGCUGCAAUACAUUCAAGGAGAUUAUCAGCAUAUACACGAUCAGAUUCUCAAGUUGACAAGGAACCAUGUUCGUGUUGCGUAUCGUCAUGGACAGGUCGACACUAUCAUGUUGACACAGAAGCCGAAACAUCUGACAACUUACGAACCGACCUUCUAAAUGGUCAUACCGACAGUCACAUGGAUGUUGACAAAGAACUUUUCCUUUGGUCAGUGAUCACCGGCCGACGGGAAUUCAAUUUACUGUUUUGGUCUCGUGGUAAAAAUAAAAUCUGCGCGGCAUUGUUCGCAGCGUUGAUUUACAGAAAACGUGCUCGCAAAACAAAUGAUAGUAGUUAUUCUCAAUCUGCCGAUGAGUUUGAAAAUUUAGCUGUACAAAUUCUCGAUAGAUUCUACCAAGCCAAUACUCGUGCAUGUACAAAGGCAAUUAUACGACAAAUACCAGCGUAUGGAAAUGUUACAUGGUUAGAUUUGGCAAUAUCAGCCGAAGCAAAACAAUUCAUUGCACAACGUGCUGUUCAAGACGUUUUGAACAAUAUUUGGUUUGGAUAUAUCGAUCAACGAGAAACUCAUACGGCCAUUAUUUUCUCGACAGUUACGAUUUGGUAUAGCGGCACUCUUCGUUAUCAUGAUGAGCUAGUUAAAACGAAUGAUCAAACAUCAUACCUUGAUCACUCGCUUCGUAAAUCACAAGUAUCACAAAAUAAGGCGCAAUGCACAUCGAGACACUCAACGGAAAGACACGAUGAUGGUAUUAAUUUGAGAUUAAUGCAUGAUAUUCCUCUUGUGGACAAUAUUCCUAUCGAAUUUGUCGAUAUCGGCUGUUGUGAAAAGUUUCGAACAAAAGUUUUUCGAUACUUCAGAAAUAUUCUUAAAUUCAUACGUGCACCAAUUGUUAAAUAUUUAUAUAGUCUAUAUUUUCACAUUGUCUUUCUAUUUCUGUUCUCCUACGUGAUCCUAUGCGAUUUUUUUCCUCUAUACGAAUUUCAAUCGGAUGUGUGUGCACCUGCCAACGAACCUGAACGAAUUUUCAGUCAAAGCAGCAAUCAACCCAAUGCGUCAGUUAAUACACCGACAAACGAACUUCAUAAACGUGAUCGACCAGCUAUAUCAGAAUUGAUAUUAGCUGGAUGGAUCUUCACAUUAUUGUGCGAGGAAAUUCGACAAUUCUUUUCAACAGAAGCCAAGACAAUACGCAAUGCAAUAACCGCAUAUUUUCAAACGUUUUGGAACCAAUUAGAUGUGAUUGCUAUUUUUCUAUUUUACGUCGCUUUUGCCCUUCGGUUUCUUCCCGGAUCUGAGUGCUUUUGUGCUGCACGAAUUGUCCUAUCCGUUGAUCUCACACUAUGGUUUAUUCGUUCGCUUGAUAUUUUCGCUGCUGUGAAACGACUCGGACCGAAAUUAGUGAUGAUCGGAGAAAUGGCACAUGAUUUGAAAUUUUUUAUGCUGAUGUUAACAGUAUUUAUUCUGGGCUUUGGGGUCUCAUCUUAUAGUCUAUUGUAUGGUACUAAAGAUUUCAGUUGGCAUCUACCUCGUGAAAUUCUUAAUCUUGCUUAUUGGCAAAUGUUUGGAGAACUAAAUGCUUUAGACACGUUCGAGCAUAACUAUAGUCCGAAUGGUUAUGCUGUUUUUAUCUUGUUGGUUAUUUAUAUGGCCAUUGUCAGUAUACUUCUGGUCAAUCUACUCAUUGCAAUGUUCAGUAACACUUUCGAUCGUCUUCAAAAUGAUACUGAUCGUAUUUGGAAAUUUCAAAGAUAUUCACUCAUAUGCGAAUAUCUCUCUCGUCCUUCGUUACCACCUCCAUUCAUUGUUUUCUCACAUAUUUGGCGUCUAGCGUUAUACGCGCUCUCGCCAUGCAUCAGAUCAACAUGGCUCAAAGAAAAAUAUGCACAACACACCAAUCGAACUAAAUACAAGAUUAUGCUCGAUGAGAAAACUGCGACUACGAUUGAAAUUGCCGAGGAUGCAUUAGGAGAUGAAGUUUAUUACAAUUAUACGAAAAUGGGCAGAAAGUUAGUUGAUGAAAGUGAUAUUGAUGAUGACCGAAAUCAAUCACCUCAUGAAAACAUCCUCAAUCGAAUUCGAAUACUGGAAAAUCGUUCGCAAUUGUUGAAUAAUCAGCAAACUCAAAUGCUCGAAUAUCUUGAUUGUUUGAUGGAUGGUUUGAAAGCACUUGGUGGUGAUCGUAUCCGAAUGCCUGAACGACGCCGUUUUGAUCCAGAUGAUUCAUUUGAUGAAUUAUCCGGCAAUAAUGAUCAAGGCAAACGAUAUUUUCGACCAGAUUCAUUACUUGACGAUGGUCGUCGCCAGUCAGCAACUAAUAACGAAGACAUGCAAUUGCCACUCCUAAAUUUCUUUCCAAUACGUCGAAACGAAUAA